CCGCUGGCCGCACCGACCGGUCCGCUGCCUGCACUGCCCGUGUCGAAGACGAGGAGGUCGCUGCCGAGUCCGUCCGACGAUAGCGAGGUUGCGACUUCAGGCGCACCCUGGCCUGCAGCGCAGCCUCCGGAUGGCAGGACAGCGACACGAUCAGUCACGAUCUCGGGGCUACCCACACCGAGACCAACGAAGGCACGGUCGACGCCGGCGGUGCCUACACUCUACUCCACAGCCGUAGACACAGCCAAUGGAUCGACACCAUCCUCAGCCAUACCAACACCCGGCAAGGCCGUGCGCAAGACGACGAGCAUCAGCGCCUUCCCACUGCCGCCCAAAGGCAACCCGCGAGUGUCCAGCUUCCCGCCGAGUCCGCUGUCAAUGUCGACUUCGCUUGCCGACGCCAAUGGGACGACCAAGCACCGCGAUCCAACCAAGCACCGCAGCGCCGAGAGUGGCGUGCGCAAGUCCAAAACACGCAGCUCGGGCUACGGCGUGCGCUCGCGAGUCUCCACGCCAGGCGCAUCCGGCUCCCCAAGUCUGCUGAACGGCACGGGCGACAGCAACCUCAUCUCCAGCUCCCACAACUCAGACAGUCUCCUCAGCAUACCCUCUCCACCGCAAAGUCGGAGUUCAUCCGCAAACGAAUCGUACAUGACCGAAGGCACCGCCCUCGACGAUCCCGAUGACGAUGGUGCAGAACGAGGCCGUCCGAAGAGCUCAGAGACCGUCACAGACAGCAAGCGCAGCUCCGGCGCAGGCAAGGACAACAAAGGCAACGUCAUCGUCAGCGUGCGUGUGCGACCCUACGCAGGAGGCGGCGGCGGCGGCGGCGGCAAUGCAGAAGGCGAGUGGAUGGUCGAUGGCAGGCGAUCGUUAAUCUCAUACAAGGGCCGGGAGGGCGGCGAUUACCGCUACGACAAUGUCUUCUCGCCUCACGACAACAACGCACGAGUGUACGAUAACGCGGCCAAACGGCUCGUCCGGCGGGUGAUGGAGGGAUACCACGGCACGGUGUUCGCGUACGGCAUGACCGGCACGGGCAAGACGUUCUCGAUGCAAGGGACGGCCAGCUCGCCCGGUGUGAUUCCGCUGGCGAUCACGGAUAUCUUCUCGUAUAUCCGUGAGAAUCCGACGCGAGAGUUUCUGCUGCGGGUGAGCUACUUGGAGAUCUACAACGAGAAGAUAUAUGAUUUGCUGUCGCAGAGCACGCCGGGACAGCAGCAAGAGGAGAUUAAGUUGCGCGAGGAUAGUAAGCGAGGCGUGUAUGCUACGCCGUUGAAGGAGGAGAUUGUGCAGAGCCCGAAUCAGUUGUUGAGGGUGAUUGCGAGGGGUGAUGCGGCGAGGAGGACGAGCAGUACGCAAUUCAAUGCGCGGUCUUCGCGGAGUCAUGCUGUGGUCCAGAUUGUGGUUGAGUCGCGAGAGCGCACGCCGAGUCAUGGGACGUAUUUUGAGAAGGAGGCACGACGGGCUGAUCGCAUUCUGCCGGGAGGCGUGCUGGUGUCAACACUUUCACUCAUCGAUCUUGCCGGUUCGGAGAAGGCGGCGGACAGCAAAGAGCGCAGGACGGAGGGUUCGCAUAUCAACAAGUCCCUCCUCACUCUCGGCACGGUCAUUGCGAGGUUAUCUGGCGACGAGGAGAAAGAAGACGGCACCACACCACCGCCGAAGCCUCAAGCACAACCACCAGCACCAGCACCGGCACCAGCACCGGCAGAAAGAGACAAAGCCGGCCUCAAACACCUUCCCUAUCGCGACAGCAAGCUCACCCGCCUCCUCCAACCAGCCCUAAGCGGCAACUCCCUCGUCUCCAUCCUCUGCACCAUCCAGCUCUCCCCCACCCUCUCCACCAAUACCACCACCAACCCCAACAACUCCUCCUCCCACACAGGCGAGACACUGAAUACACUCAAAUUCGCCUCCCGCGCCAAGAACAACAUCGUCAGCCACGCCAAACGCAACGAAUCCAACCCCUCCCACCCCGGCGACGCUGGAUCGCGGGCGUUGUUGGAUAGGUAUCGACUCGAGAUUGCGGAGUUGAGGGGCCAGUUGGAGGCGCAGAAUCGGGCUAAGGAGGAGGCGGAGGCGGAGGAGGAGGUUGAGCGGGAUCGGCGCGUGGAGGAGGAGUUGGAGCGCGCGGAGAGGAGUCGGCAUGAGGAGCAGAUGCUUGAGAUGCAGUUGGCGCGGACGGCGUUGAAGGAACGCAUAUCACACCUAAAUCGGCUGAUAUUGAGUUCGAAGAGUCUGGGGGUGAACUCGGGACGGUUUUCCAGCGCCAGUAUGCCUUUGGCGGGGAGAGCGAGCGUGUAUAGUUCCGCUGGCGCUGGGGCGGAGCCGGAGAUGGCGAGGGCGCUGAGUAGUGGGUCCAUUACUGUGGGCGUGCUGCCCGCGGCGCAGGUGUCGCAGAUGAUGGUCUCCGAGGAUCUGAUGGAGGUUGGGAGUCCGGGGCUGAACGACGGACUGGAAACGCCGGGCGUUUUGAUGGGUAUGGAGGAGGACGCCGAUGGCAACGCUCCGCUGGCGCAGCAGAAUCGGAUGUUGCAGGCGGAUCUGGCGGAUAAGAACCGGUAUAUUGCUACGUUGGAGAAGCGGUUGUUGCAGGCGCGGCGGACGAGUCAUAGUAGGGUUAGCAUGCACUUCUCCAGUAGGGCGGUCCCGCCGGGGAUGGAAGAUGGUCCGGGUGGGUGGGAGGCGGUGGUCCGGGAGAAAGACCGCGAGAUUGAGGAGUUGAGGGCGAAGUUGGAUGACCAGAUGAGGAUGGUUACGGCGUUGAGGAGUGCGGCUAGGCAGCGGGACAUGGUUGAUGGGAGUUCUAGUAAAGGGGAGGCGCGGGAGAGGGAGGGGGAGAAAGAGAAGGGUGGCAGUGUGACGCGGCAGUCUUCGCGAGCCAGCACCCGCAGCGGCAAGCCGGGCGUGCACGCCGUCUCCGGCCAUCGCAGUAACCCCUCCACCGCCUCCCGAUCCAGCUCCGGCAUCGUCAACUUUUCCAAAACGCCGUUGAGUCCCGUGGCGAUACUGAGUCCGUCACACCGCUCGAGCGACGGCGACUCGGCGGCCGCCAAGGUGAAUCGCAGGCGCAGUGUGGACGAGAUGACGAUGUUGCUCGAUCAGAUGAUCCAGGAGAAGGUGGAGAGUGGGCAGGUGGUGCAGGGGGAGAGGGGCAGUCUGAGGGUGAAG